AUGAAAGAGGCUGAGCCAGAGGAGGCAGAGCCCGAGGAGGGAGAGCCCGAGGAGGGAGAGCUGGAGGAGGGCGAGGUUGAGGAGGGAGACCCCGACGAAGCACAUUUCGACGAGGCAGAGCCCGACGACGAGCAUUUCGACGAUGCAGGGCCGGACGAGGUAGACCCUGACGAGGUUCUGGACCCUCCAGAUCAGGAGGAGGAGCAUGAUGGCACCUCGACGCAAGGACAGGAGGCCUUUGAUCCCGAGGAGCCGCCUGAGAAGCCCGUGGACGUGGAUGAGGAGCCACCAGACUUCGCGAAAAUGUCCGUGAAGGAGCUCAAGGCUUUUCUGCAAGUGCGCGGAGUGCGCAUCCCUGCUUGGGUCACAGAGAAUCUGGAGGAAGAGACGGCCGGAUCCACAGGAACCAGAAAGCGCACGGAGUAUCGUGAGGCCAAGAAGAAGGAAGAAGAGACGACUGCGCAGCAGAAGGCCGCGGAGGAGGAGAAGCAGCCGGAGCAAACUCCAGACUCGACGAACAAGGAUUUAGUGUGCAGGGCUCCUUGCCGGUGCUGUCUCGCACUAGUGGCUAUGGCCUUGGAGAAAAAGUUUGUGUGGAAGCAGCUGGCGCCAAUGCUGGAUCCAUUUUCAGUUGCAGUGGCAAGUAUGUUGAAUGUUACGGUGCGGAGAUUUUGCGUUUCUCCGAAUGGCCUCCUCAUUGUGCCUCAUGUCAUCGUCAACUGUGGGGAGGAAGCGGCCGAUCAAAUGGUCAAGUGCUUGCCUGCCAUUGAUAAGACAGAGGUGACUCUGGUUUCAUUUUUUGAUUACAAGACUAGCCAUAGUCUACGCGACCUGGACCUCUUCGCUCUGUGCAUGGGCUGGCUUCUGGGUUCCUUUAUCAAGCUUCGUGUGGCGAACAUCGGCACUUUUCGUAGGUACGGUAAUAGGACUUGCCUUUGGAGGACUGUUUUGCUAAACCUUCAGCGCCACUGCCGUUGUCUCGAGAGUCUCGACUGGUACUGCUACACGUGGCCAGAGCUAGUCGUGAAGGCUUUGCCCACUUUCAGCAACCUUCUUCGCUUGGGCUUGUCGGUGAACAGCACAUCCGAUUGUUCGGCAUCACUGCUCUUCGAACGACUUGCUGACUGUUCCGGAACCCUGCAGCGUUUGGCCUCGGUAAGUUUCGAGGUGGCAUGUGACGAAGUGGAUUGCAAGUCUUCCUUGCAGCGGUGCAUGGACGAGUUCUCUCUUACGCAUGUGCGCAUUCUUGAGGAUGACCUGUUUGACGACACAUUGCCUCAAGUCCUGUCUCAGAUCAGAUGGCCAUCCAGCUGCUGCAUGAUUGCACUGUCAGCGAACUUCUCGGGCGAGCAGCUCUGCGCAUUGGCCGACGAAGUUCGUGCGAGUGGGGCAUCUGGGCUAUACAUCCAGAGCUUAGGUGAACGAGAGUUGACGGCUGCGCAGGUGCACCAGUUUCUGUCCACUCUGGAAAGAUCCUCUCUGAGCACCUUCGGUUGGGACCAAGACUUGCCAGCAGCUGUAGUCAGCUCUGCCAAGCUUGGCCUUUGCAGUUUGGUUGGCAACCUGCCGUCCUUGCGUUCCCUUCAGCUGGGGGUUUAUGGCAAGCAGGGCUUUGCAUCUGAAGACUUGACGAAGGCAGCCUUCAAGGCGGAUGUUUGCUUACAUCGCUCCAGGGGGCUCUUCAUGCCAGAUUGCUCAGGCUGCUGUGGGUCAAAAGGCGCUUCUCCGGCUGACGAAGCUGACGACACUACCAAUAGUUUCGGGGCCCUUGCACCCCUGCCUUUGGAAUAUGAGAACACUUAUAAUAUACUAACCAAUAUAGAACCGUGA